AUGGUAACAGACCAGAAAAGAAGUAUGGAAAUUGGUAUACUUCCUCAACAUGAGCACAGUAAAAUGUCCACAUCAGGGACACCAGAACCAUUGACAGAAAAUGGAAAGCACCUAAGGAAGAUAUUGAUGACAAGUCAACUCUUCCUCAACACUGCAGAGGCACUCUUCAAGCUUAAUAUUCCUGUUGACAUUCUUCAUGUCAGAGAUCCUAAUUGUCAUGAUGAAGAUGCUAAGCUCAUAUUAGACUGUGGCUAUGAAGUAAUGAAAAGAAAAGGAAGACGACAAGAGCUCACUACUCAUCCCUCUGUGAAGAUAUCAAUCUGUUAUGUAAAUAUAAGCUCCUUCAAUGAUUUGGUCACACAGUUGUAUAAAGACUUUGAGAUGUUGAGAGCCUAUGGUCGGGAGGGCAGAGAGGAAUUAAAUGAUGCAGACUAUCUGCUUAAAAUGCUUGAGAGAGAUGUACAAAACAGAGAUCCAGAUGUGAAUGGUAUGUGGGACUGUGGUUGGAACGAAAAGAUGUUCGCCUUUUUGGACAAAGAUGGUGUCAUAAAGGAUGUGGAAAGGCAUGUGCUCAACGGACUCAUAGAUGAGAUCACGCAGAAUUUAUUAUAUGUAACUGCUUCCGUUGAUCAAAAAGAACAACAAUGUCAUCUGUCAUAA